CAGCUUGAGAAAGAGAGAAUCGAACAUCGAUACAUCUGCCUUGAACAUGGCCAUUCCGAAUCAAAAGUGACAGUGGCAAAAAUGGCGUUCUCCAAUAAGGAUGUGUUACCUCUGUGGCAAAAUGGACCGUCGCCUGGUGCAUUCUAUCAUUUCCCAGGUAGCCAGUGUGGCACUGGUGGAUUCCAAAAAUCACAGUCUCCGAUAACAACAGGUACAUCCGUUGUUGGCAUUCAAUUCAAAGAUGGAGUGAUCAUUGCAGCUGAUAUCCUUGGAUCUUACGGGUCGCUGGCUCGUUACAGAAAUCUAGAACGUAUUAUGAAAGUUAACGAUAAUAUUAUUCUCGGUGCGUCCGGAGAUUAUGCGGAUUUUCAGUGCAUCAAGAGUAAUAUAGAGAAAAAAAUUCUGGAAGAACAAUGUUUGGAUGAUGGGUUCAGCUUAAAGCCAAAAGCUUUGCAUUGCUGGUUAACACGUGUUAUGUAUAACAGACGGUCAAACUUUGAUCCAUUCUGGAAUAAUUUUGUAAUUGCUGGCUUAGAAAAUGGAGAGCCAUUUUUGGGAACUGUAGAUAAACUUGGUACAGCUUAUAAUGAUCCAGUGAUCGCAACUGGAUAUGGUGCUUACAUGGCAACACCUAUAUUGAGAAAAGCUUAUGAAGAAAACAGCCAAAUGACUAAAGAAGAGGCUAUUGAACUCUUAUACAAAGUAAUGCAGGUCCUCUUUUACAGAGAUGCCAGGUCUUUCCCAAAGUAUCACAUUGGUAUAGUCAUGAAAGAAAAGGGAGUAGAGAUACAAGGACCACAAACUUUAGAGAGUUAUUGGGGACCAGCAAUCUUGUAAAACUUCUCUUAAUUCUUUAAAAUAAAUUAUAAUAAAGAUAUUCAUAUAUGUAUAAAACAAAGAUAUUGAAUCAAAUUUUUUUGUCAAUAUAUGGCAGUUUGUGACUA